GGGCGGGGAGGGAUUGGCAUAUGCAAAGGGUUCCGCAAGUGCAAUAAUUGUAUUAUUUCGGUUUUGUAAUUGAAUGUGGUUUGAAUAAAUAUUGGACUACCUUCAGUGUGCAUUGGUCCAAAAAGUACUGUGGAGUGCUGGUCAUCAGCACAAUGGGACAGAGGGUAUCACGUGAAGACUUUGAAUGGUCAUACACGGAGGAGCCUCAUGCCACAAGAAGGAAGGAAAUUCUAAAGAAGCACCCCGAGAUCAAGACACUGUUUGGUCGCGAUGAGACCAUGCCGUUCAAGGUCACGGCCAUGGUGGUCUUCCAGCUGGUCAGCAUCUACCUGGUCAGCGGCCGGCCGUGGCUGCAGGUGACGCUGCUCGCCUACUGUCUGGGCGGCGUCAUCAACCACUCGCUGAUGCUGGCCAUCCACGAGCUGGCGCACAACCUGGCCUUCGGCCACAGCCGGCCACUGGCCAACCGGCUGCUGGGCAUCUUCGCCAACCUGCCCAUCGGUAUCCCGUUCUCCGUGGCCUUUAAGGCCUACCACCUGGAACACCAUCGGUACCAGGGCGACGAGAAGCUGGACACGGACCUGCCGACGGCGCUGGAGGCGCGGCUCUUCUGCACCACCUUCGGCAAGUUCGUCUGGGUGCUUCUGCAGCCGCUUUUCUACGCUCUGCGGCCCGUCAUAACGUACCCGAAGCCUCCGACGCGACUAGAGCUGGCCAACUCGGCCAUCCAGAUCGGCUUCAACGUGGCCGUCGGCUACUGGCUGGGUGCCAAGGCGCUCUUCUACAUGCUGGGCGGCUCCCUGAUGGCCAUGGGCCUGCACCCGGUGGCCGGCCACUUCAUCUCGGAGCACUACAUGUUCCGCAAGGGCUACGAGACCUACUCCUACUAUGGUCCCCUCAACGCCAUCACAUUCAACGUGGGCUUCCAUAACGAGCACCAUGACUUCCCGGCCGUGCCGGGGAGUCGCCUGCCUCAGGUGCGAAAGAUGGCGCCCGAGUUCUACGACGACCUGCCGCAGCACGAUUCGUGGACUCGCGUGCUCUACGACUUCAUCACCGACCCAGAGAUCGGGCCGUACGCCCGCAUCAAGCGCAAACAUCGCGCUCUCUAGUGGCGGCCGCCCGCUCCGGCGCGGGGUCCGCUCCGGCACGGCUUCCGCUGCGACUAGCUAGCCGGCUGCUUUGACGCCUUGCUGCCGUCCGCGCUUUCGACACUGCGGCAGCCCGGCUGCCGUCGCGUCUCAAUGCUCUGGCCAAAGGCACUGCCUUGUGCGGCCGGCCGUGUGUCUCGCCUCAAUUCCGGCCCUCGGUUGCCGUGGCGGGCAGCCGGCUGCGGUCCGGACGCGCGCCGACGCUCGAAGUCGCACCAGGUGGCGCCAUCCGCUGCGCUGCGAGGGCGCGUCGCUGUAAUUGCCGUGCGAGUGACCGAUACUGGCUGAGCCUUCGCCGCUGCCCUCGUGUUGAGUCGCCGGCCCAGCGGCGGCUGCGUGUGCUGACUCCGGUGGCGUUUGCUCGAUGUGGCCCGCACUGACCGCGCUGAGCACUCGCAGCAGACCGGCACCGCCGCUGCCAGAUGACACUUCCAGUGACGGCUUGUGAGCAAGCAGGUUCGCUUAUCGCCAGAUACGUCGUUGGAGAAACGGGGCGAGACAAUCAUUCGCGCCGUGUAUACAUUAUUGGGCGGAAGCCGUUUCGGUGAAGUGUGAUUACAAUGCGGGUUCGUCGAUUACUUCCAAGCAGGAGCAAUGACUUCCGAGACUCUAGUACACUUAACAGCUGAACUAGAUCCACAUUAAUAGGUCGGGUGAUGUUGUCGAAGACAUUUUUUAGACGGAUUGACAGGGCAUAUAUCGCUUUAUUCCGGACAGGGAGGCAAGCAGGAUGUCCCAGAUGUCUGUGUACGAAGAUCUGCUUAACUGAAGUUGCAUUGGGAAAAAGGUGAUGAAUCAAUGCGCUUAAGCGGGUACAACUUAUAACCUACAUGCCUUGCUGGUAUUUUCUGGUUUUCGAUUUUGUCCACUUCAGCGAUACCUUUGGCUGUUGGUUAUGAAGCUGUGCUGCCUUCUGUGCCUGUCGAGGUGGUAAGUCUCACCAACGUCAGAUCUGAACCUGUGAAGCUUUAUGGAAUCAGCGCAAUACAUGGCUAUUUUUGGUCCA